AAACCUAAGCCAAAUCACAUUAAUAGAACACUUUCAUGUGAUCCAGAGGAAGAGGAUCCACAUACAGAGAAGGAGUAAAAGGCAAUGAAGGAUGCACUAAGAUCAGGGGAAGAGUUUUCAUUUUUGUAUUCAAGUAAGACUAGCUGCCUUUCUUCAUGGUGACGGACAGUCCUGAAACAUCCUCAUCAAAAUGGGCAAUGAAAACAGUGGCCCAGAAAAUCAGGAUAUUCCACCAGCUCCUUCAGUUCCAGAUUCAGCCCCACUACCUGGCAAUGAAAGAGAAGUAAAAAAGAAAAGGCAAAGGAAAAAGAGUACAGACAGACUUGGAAGGCAAGACAACUUGGACACCUUACCUUUAGAUUCUGCUGCUUCACUCCCUCUGCCUGAUAAUGGCUCUUCCUUAACUGCAGGAGAUACAGCAGGAGGGGGCUGGCCAGUAGUGUCUGACUGGAAAGAAUGGGAUCCCUAUCAGGCACUUAUCCCAAAUAAUCUUCUCUUUGCUGGGCUUGAUGUAAGUGAAGAUUCAGGGUCCCAGGCCCCAGUCAUAAGCAGCCUUAGUAAUGAAGCCCUCUGUAGCUUUGCUACUGAAGAAUUACCCAGCGCAAACAGACUUGCAGUGCCUCCAGAGGUAACAGCGUUGAGUCACAUCUUGCAUGAACAAGAAGAACAAGCUGUGCCUGACUUCCUGGGAUGGGUUGAAGAAACAAACAAUGGAAGCCAGCCUGUAUCAGUGCCCUUGGUGGAAUGCACUAAGGAAUACACUGUAGUGAGUCUUACAAGUAGCUAUGAUGGUUUACCUGCCCUGGUGCCAUAUCCAACCUCUGUGAAUGACAAACACACAAAAACUGCUCUUGCUGUAUCUCUGGACAAUGACUUAGAUGCUAACCAGAAUGCUGCCACUUUUGCAAGAAAGGAUAAGAGAGAGUCAGGUAAUUUCGGCUUGGAACUUAGUUCUUCUUCAGAUGCUACUUGGUUGCCAGGAGCUAGAAUUGCACAAGGCAUUUCAAGUGAAUUAGAGCCAUUACAGCAGAGUGAACAGCUGAGUGACAAGAGGGAAGCAAAUGUCAUCCCAUUACCCGAGAGUACAGAAGAGGGAGAUUAUGAUACCACUCAGGAGACCAGCCAGGAGGCAGGAGUUUUGGAAGUGGGUCACGAGGAGCAGGCUGCAAUAAAACUAGGUGGACAGAUCACAGAUGGUGUAGGCAGCCUGCUAAUGAAAAAGGAAACCUUAAUCCCAAAUUAUUCCACAACAGGAGGUUCAGACAUUGAAAAAUAUGGAGCAGUUGUUGAUGGUCAGAGUUUUGCUGAGUUCAGAGCCACCAUCUAUGAAUGUAGUGGAAAUUCAACCACAGGCAAAGGUGAUGUACCAAAACAAGCUUUCCCUGAGAAAAGUGGGGAGCAGUUUGGGGCCUGUGCCACUGUGUCCAAUUUGUCCCUUAGCCAUUCAGAUAUGCCCCUGCAAACAGUGAUAAAAGAAAAUAUCAAGGAUUCUCUAUCUGAAAAUCAGUGCACACAUCAAGCCACUAGUAAGAAAACAGAAACUCCGCUUGUCUGUGAAAGAGAAAAUGACAAUGCAGGUUUACUGGUAAACUCCAAGCCUCCCAGCAAGCCCCUGUCACCUAAGGAAAAGGAACUGCAAAAAGCUAGUACUACAUCUGAGCACAAAAUGGAGCAAGCUGACAGUGAUGGAAGCACAACAGUUGAGCGUGUGACUGGAGAAACCAUCACUCCAUCUGACCCAGAAAAUAUUGUGAACUUUAUGAAGGAAGAUUCUGCAGUAGAUAAAAGAUUGUCACUGGGGGGAAAUGGAAGAGACUUCACCAGCGAGAGUAGGCUUCCUGACUUUAUCAAAAAAGAAAAUACAGUACCUGAGGAAAAUGAUGACAUUUCUUUGGGAGAGGGUAGAAGUCAGGAGAAAGUAGUUAUAACAAGUCCUGUUACACCUGAAGGGACAAACCUUUCUCAGACAACAUUAUUGACCUUUGAUAUUAACGAAAGGCAGGACAGCCCUGAUGCUAACUGGCAUGAUUACUGGAGCUCUCUAGUAAACAGUGUCAAAACUGAUGCCAGUGGCAACAGUUUGAAAAGAGGCUGUGGUUCAGAAUAUAAUCCUAAUGCAUCUGAAGAGAAAUCACCUGAACAGCAAUCAGAGAGUGAGAAAACAGCCACACAUGAGAGAGAGGAUAAAAGCCUUCUGUUUGUCGAAGCAGUCCAUUUACCAGAGGAAGAAUGCCCAAAGAGCUGUGAGCUUUUGAACCCCAAUGCAGAAGACAUAGCACUCAGCUCUCCAGCUUGUAACAUGACAGAGGAAGUUAGUUUAGUAGAUGUGCAUGGUUCACUGCUGCUGUACUCUGAGAACAAUGCUGUUAUGCAAAAUAAACGAGAUGAAUCCUGGGAACACACAUUUGCAAAAAGAACUGAAUGGGAGUUGGAAGGCAAAGCUAUGCAUGAAAUAACAUCUAAAGGGAAUGCAGCAUUUGAAGGAAAAACACCAGCUCAUAAAGCAGAAUUUGAGCAUCAGGACUCAAAAGAACAGGCAGGGAUUGCUGAAUGUGAUUCAUUAGAAAAAACAAACAUCCAGGCAGACACAUCUUCAUCUGAAAGCAAAAAGCAUAGUCUAAUAUCGGACGACGAUGCUGUCUCUGUACCUGUGACUGCUGCUGAACCAAGCAAUGUUGAGGCUAUGAAAGAAAGUAAUGAAACUGGUCACAAGGAAUACAAAACAGAAAUGAAAAGCCAGGCAGAUGAUACAACUUUGGCACAGAAACCCCAAAGCACACUGGACUCCCUACAGCAGGAACAAGUGACUGAAAAAAAUGACCAAAGCAUGAAAGAGGAUUAUUCUGAUAGCCCACCACUAAGCUCAGAGGAUACUGGUUCUCAGCAACUGAAGUUUAUUUUUGGAGACUUACAUGAUAGCUGCAUUAGGCAGCAUAAUUAUCCACCAAUGAGCGAUGAUGGUGAAGCAUCUUUAGAAACACUUCCAAGCAAGGAUGUGGAUGUACAAAAAAAGGCAGAUCUUUUGAUAUCAUCUUUGCCAGUGGAACAAAAAGAGAGCAGCAAUCUCUGCAAUAAUCAACAGCAAAGUUCAAACACAGAACUCAAAACCCUUGAAACUGACCAUCUUAAAACAGCUACAGGUUCUGAUGAAGAAGAGCCUAAUGGAACAUGUCCCCAAAGGGAACAUUCACUGGAGUUAAGCAAACCCAGUGACCAUCAGGAGCAAUGUGGAAGCGAAGUGGAAGUAAUUGGAAACAUUCUACCCAAACCCCAAACAGUAUUUUGUGGGCAAGAGACAAAACCAAACAAUCCCACAACUGUUGCAGAUAAAAAUGCCCUUUUGCCAAGUAUUCUUGAAUCCAUGGGAGAUGCUGUGCAAGACAGCAACUUCCAAGCUCUAAUAGAUGCAAAGGCAGAAAACAGCCCUCUUAAAUGUUCCUUGUCAAGCAAGUUGAAGCAGGAGGAUUCUAAUUAUUUGAUUUCAGACAGUCUUCAUGAAGAAGCAGGUUUUCAUGAUGUAUUUGCUAAAGAAUGUACCCUAAACAGGCAAACAGGUGGUUUAUGUGGAGUGGCAGACAGCCCCAAUAGAAGCAAUAUCAGUGCUGCAGAAUGCAUUCCAGGGACAGAGAAAACAGUCCCUGCCAGUGUUGUGCCACAAACUUUGCUGAUGGAUUUCAAAAUAACGUGUGCAGAAGAUGAUUCUAAGAGCAGCAGAAAUGACCUUGACCUGCCAAGUAGGACAACAGAACUGGCAGAAAAAACUUCAGAUAUAGAAAUAAAAGAGGGUAUGAGUUUAGUCGAUGAAAUAAUCAUGAAAGAUGAUGAACAUGGAAAAACGAGUUUUGAAAGGGAUGUUACUUUCAUAACUGCUCAGGAAUAUCCUCCUGUGUUAUCUGAAUCCACUUCUAACAAUACUUUGUAUAGAACAGAUAGUAUUCAAAAGACUGAGUUUCCACCUGAUGGCUCUCAAGCACAACUAACAGAUCUUUCUACACUGGCACUUCCAUGUGAUCAGCACACCGGAGUGAGCCAGCAACCUACAAACUGCAUGAAUGAUGGCAUUGUGUGUGAAUUACAGAGAGAUGAGCUGGAAGUUACAGCAUGCCAACAUGUUGUAGAUACCAGUUCUGAUCUGCAGGUUUCUGCCGCUGCUGCUGCUUCACCUUUAUGUUUAGAGGAUACUUCAACAGAGAAAAGCACAGCAGAUCAAAUGAACCCUGAAGUACUGGAUUCAGACAAUAUUCCUUCAAAGGCAGUCUCAGAAUCUGGGAAAGAAUAUGUGCUUCCUAACCAAGGGUUCCAUUCAGAAGAGACUGUGCAAGAUUCUGUUGAGAUGGGGCAGUUUGAAGGAAGUUUGUCACCAUUUAAUUUAAAGAAGCUGCAGACUGAGAUCGCUGCAAUUAAAACAAAAGGAGCAAACAGUGAUGAAAACAUCAAAGCCCAGCAGUGUGACAGCUCGGGAGAAUCUCACGUCAGCUUUUCAAGCUUAGAAGAGAGACUUCUGAGCCUUUCAUCUCUUGGUAAGCAAGCAGGCUGUAAUGAGGGUAUUGCAACAAAUAUUACCUGUACAGAUGACAAGCACAGUGAGAUCGUAAAAAACACAGGGAAUGCAGAAAAAAGCAAAUUUGUUUUUGUAGAUAAUGUUAGCAUCCCCAAGAUGGAAACAGAUAUUCCUAAGCAGCAUGCAGAGACCUCUGAAAAGGAGUGUAAUUUUCCCACUUCCAGGGCCUUCGGUAUGGGCUUUUUUGAUUUCAGGGAGCAUAUUAGCAAAAUAUUUGAGAAAACAGUUCGAAGUGCUCUGACUGCAGAGUUACCCCACCCUUCGGCUGAAAACAAUGCAGGUGGCAGGGAUAGCCCCGUGGUUAAAGAAAUACCAGACUUUAUGCAGGUAUUGGAAGCUGUUGAUGGAAGCAAUGAAAAUGAAGAACGAGAUAGUAACCAUAAAACAGAAGGAUUCACGUUGCCUUUAGGGUCUGGGAUUUUCAACAGAGCUACUCAAGAGAAGAUAGUUCAGGAAGAAAAACCAGUGACAAGCAUUCAUGAAUAUUGUUUAUCGGAUACCUUUCCAGAAAUGAUCUCUAUCAAGGAAUGUUUAAGUGACAAAUCUCAGAUGAAGUUACACAGCAAGGUAAAUAGCUCAAGCAGUAGUAAGAUGAAGGUGGAGGAAAGUGAAUGUGUUUGUGUUAUAAAUAGUGGCAAUCAGAUGAGCCUAGAAACACCUGAGCUACAACCGGCUCAUUCUUGGAGCCCAGAAACAUUGAAUCUUACUCCUGCUUCUGACAAUGAACUGUCUAUAAUGAUUAUUGCCGCUUCAGAAGAUGUUCCAAAAACUGAGUUUGACAGUACUACUGCUGCAGAGGAAAGCAAUUUAAUUAGUCCAGGUAAUGCAGAACCGGGUUUAUCUAAAGAACAGCUAAUACAUUUUGAAAACCAAUGCCAUUUCCCAAUGCCAAGUGGAGACAAGGACAACAAAGAAGGUGUUAACCUCACUGCUUUGCCAGCUUUGCCAUCACUUCUAGAUGACAUUUGUGAGCCUAAAGUACAAACUGAACAGCCCAGGAUGUUGCCUGGUGAAAAUCUUUUGGACAAAAAUGCACUCCAGGAUGAAGCAGUGGUGCUGGAUACCUUGGGAAGUACAAAAUGCCUGCAGAUGUCAGUAGAGGCUCAAGUCCAAAAGCAAGGACAGGGCACAGCAAUACAUGGGCUAAUAGAUUAUUUGAAAAAUGAAGUAAGCCCUGAUGAUUACUCCCCAGGUGACUGCAAACCAGAACCCAGCCGUGUGAGUAAGGGGUGUGUGGAAGAAGCAAAUGACACCAUGUUGAGCACAGAAGAAACAGAAGCACAUAUUUCUGUUGACACCCCUAAAACAGGUAUUACAAGGACAUUAUUCACUGAUGACGGUGACUCAUCUAGGCAAUCCAUCGAAUGCGAUCAAGGGACUGAUGCGAAAAAGCAUUCAGAAGCUGUUCAAGGGAUGGAGCAGGAUGUGUGUCUUAUGAGUACAGACACUGAAGUUUCUUCAGCUGCUCAGUGCAGAGAAGAGAAAUUGGCACAUGAGAAGUUCCUUCAGGAUGAACAGGGAAAAGAAUCAGCCACUUUGUUCAAUGACCCUAAGCAAAUUCUCUCCAGUGAACUUCAAAAUAUGUCCACAGAGGGAUUAUCUGAAGAAAGCAAUUUUCCUGAGUUCUGUAACUCUCUCCUUGUUGUACCUGAGAAGGAUGCAAUAUUCGUAGCAGCCAAAGACAUCUCAGAUGAGGCGAGAGAUGACAUCAGAGUAGAAAGUUCUUCUGCCCAUGAUGAUAUCAUAAAAUUAGUGCCUGAUGUGGAUUCCUCCAAAGAGCUGCUAACGACUGCUCACUCUGAUGAACAUGUUUCUACUCUGGAUUCUGCUGAGUUGACUGCAACAAGUGUUUCCCAGCCUGCCAGUUAUCAAGAGACUAAUAACACUACUACAUCUGUCCCUGACCAAAGAUCUUUGAUUCCGGAACCAACUAUUGAUGUGGAAAAACCUGUCCAAGAGAGUGGGAGACUGACUGAGGAAACAAAGAGGAGUUCAGACUCUGAAGAAGCAUUUGAGACACCAGAAUCUACAACUCCUGUAAAGGCUGCACCUCCACUACCACAGCUGCCACCUGAAGUUGCAGUUUUUGACAUAGAAGAACAGGAAAUAAGACCUCCGCUUCCUUCAGAGGACACAGGGUUCUGCUCUGAUUCAGUAUCAAUAACUGAUGUUUCACAUAGUGAAUCAAUUGAAGAAAGUCCAUUCCAUCCUCCGCCCCACUCAUUUUCUACUGUUUUUGAUGAAGACAAGCCCAUCGCUAGCAGUGGGACUUACAACUUAGACUUUGAUAACAUUGAGACUGUAGAUGCUUUACAAGCAGUAGAUCCUAGCUCUCUGGACACCAGAAGUCGUGACUCCAAGGCACAUGUUCGAAGAAAAUCCACAGAUUCUGUUCCAAUUUCUAGAUCUACUUUGUCUCGCUCCCUCAGUUUGCAAGCUGGUGAUUUUGAUGGAGCGUCUUUUCUUGGUAAUACUGAGACAACAGGUUCAGCAACAGACACAUUUAGUACUGGUUCAAGCAGUGCUUCUAGUACUCUUAAGCGCACAAAGAAGCCAAGGCCAGCUUCCUUGAAGAAAAAACAAUUGGCAAAGAAAUCUUUGGACGUUCCACCAGUGCAAGAACCAGAGCCCACCGAUAGUAAGCAAGAUUCUGCUGACUCAAGUGGAGAAAAAGUGUCUGAAGAUAGAGGAGAACCCACUGAAAGUGAGUGUACUGAGGCUUCCCAAACUGCUUCUGAGAAAGAGGAACCAUCUGCUGUUUCUGCAGCAACCUAUCCUUUUGAGCCAAAUAACUUUGAAGAGAUUAGUGAUUUUAGUGCUGGAGAAAGCAAAGUACAAAACUCUCCACCUGCCAGCAAGAAAGUUCUCUCUCUUACAACGGCACCGGAAGCUGUGGAGGUGACACCAUCUGACACUGGAGGACAAGAAGAUCCUCCAGUGAAAGGCUUAGCAGUGAGGCUGGAGUUUGAUUACUCUGAGGAAAAAGGCAGUGGCGAAGAGCAACAAGAAAGUAGUCCUCUGCCCAAAAAAGUGGGCAAAAAACCUGGUGCCAAAAUGCCACUCAGGAGGCCAAAGACUAAAAAGACUGUGGAGAAGCUUGACAAUGCUCCCACCACCCCAACCAAGGCACCUGCUGAUCCAAAUGAGAUUCCUGUCCCCAAAGGUUCUUAUACUUUUGAUAUUGACAAAUGGGAUGACCCCAACUUCAACCCUUUUUCUUCCACUUCCAAAAUACAAGAGUCUCCUAAACUGCCCCAGCAAACUGCAACAACAUACACCAUUGAUCCAGACAUAUGUGAGGACUCUAUUGACCCUUUCAAACCUUCUUCAAAGGUAGCCAGCUCUCCCACAAAAUCUCCUGCCUCCUUUGAGAUACCAGCUAAUGCUAGUGAAAUCAAUGGAACCGAAGGAGACAUCCUAAAUAAACCUGUGAAGAAGAAGAAGACACCACUCAAGACUGACACUUUUAGGGUGAAAAAGUCACCAAAAAGGUCUCCGCUGUCUGAUGCACCUUCACAGGAGUCCACGCCACUGCCUACUGCCGAAACACCCUCUGUUGUAUCCACUGUGGUUCAUGCAACAGAUGAGGAGAAACUGGCAUCUUCUGUGGGUAAUCAGAAAUGGACUUGUAUGACAGUGGACCUAGAUUCAGAUAAACAGGAUUAUCCCCAGCCUUCAGAUCUGUCAACCUUUGUAAAUGAAACCAAGUUCAGCUCUCCUACAGAAGAGCUGGAAUAUGGCAACUCAUAUGAAAUAGAAUAUAUGGAGAAGAUAGGCUCCUCCAUACCUCAGGAUAAUGAUGCUCAGACAAAGCAAUCUUUGUACCUUAUGUUUGAUGCACAGCAGGAAAGUCCAGUCAAAUCUCCUCCAGUCCGAUUAUCAGAUUCGACAACUCCUUAUUCAGGUUCGAGCUUGGAAGAAACAGAAGCCCAGCUGUCCUCUGAAAUGAAAUUGCAACAUCCAGCUUUACGAUCCCUCACUGCCAACCAAGAGACAUCAAUACAGUUGCCCGACAAACCAAAACCAAAAGAACUGGAGCCCAUGAACUUAAAAACUUCUUCAAACAGCAUUGACAUAACCACACCUGAGGACCCCUUUGUCUCUGCUGAUGCUCUUCUCAGUAGGAUAUCUCAUCCACCUUCAAUGUGUGAUCAGCUUCAAUAUCUAGAACCUGACUUAGCUGAAAAGAACCCCCCAAUAUUUGCUCAGAAGCUUCAGGAGGAGUUAGAGUUUGCUGCAAUGAGGAUAGAAGCUCUGAAGCUAGCCAGACAAAUUACCCUGUCUUCUUUCAGCUCAUUAGAUACCGAGAGGGACCUGGCAGCGUCAGCUGAGGUUUCCAUCUCUAAAAGUGCACUGUACUCCCGAAUCAGCAGCUCAGAUGGAGAGAACACCUCAGGUUUGCUUUACCAGCAGCAAGACUUGGAUUCUGCCCUGAGAAUUGCCAGAGAGGAGAUUGUAGCCAAGGAAAGAGAAGUAUCAGAAUGGAAAGAGAAAUAUGAAGAAAGCAGAAGAGAAGUGAUGGAAAUGAGGAAAAUCGUUUCAGAAUAUGAGAAGACAAUUGCUCAGAUGAUAGAGGAUGAGCAGAGGGAAAAAUCUAUGUCUCAUCACACAGUCCAGCAGCUCAUUAUAGAAAAAGAGCAAGCAUUAGCAGACCUGAACUCUGUGGAAAAAUCACUAGCAGAUCUCUUUAGAAGAUAUGAAAAAAUGAAAGAAGUCCUUGAAGGCUUCAGGAAGAAUGAAGAAGUAUUAAAAAAAUGUGCACAAGAAUAUUUAUCACGAGUAAAAAAAGAGGAACAGAGAUACCAAGCCCUCAAAAUUCAUGCAGAAGAAAAACUGGACAGAGCCAAUGCUGAAAUUGCACAAGUCCGUGGUAAGGCUCAGCAAGAACAAGCAGCAUACCAGGCCAGUCUCCGUAAAGAGCAGCUGAAAGUGGAUGCAUUGGAAAGAACACUGGAACAAAAGAAUAAAGAAAUAGAAGAAUUGACAAAGAUUUGUGAUGAACUGAUUGCCAAAAUGGGGAAAAGCUAACUUUUAACCAAAAUCCUGGAUUUCAGCCUUGAGUGCAAUAUGACCAUUGGCACACUGGUGUCCACAUAUUAAUGUGGACAGGAUCUAUUUUCACUUUUUUGUAUGCACUACUGUAUUUUCCCCCUCCUUAAUAAUGUUGAUUUGAUUGUAUGCAGUACUAAGAAGACUAUCAGAAUUCCUUGCUAUCGUUUGCAAUUUUUUUCCUAGUAUAAUUCAUAGCAAGUUGGUCUCAAAAGUUCCUGUAUCAGGGAGAUUUGUCAAGUUCUUUAAUACAUUACAAGUUGCUCAUCCUAGCCUUCCCUUUGUACAUGAGUUCCCAUGUUGGGUGUCUUUUUUGGAUUUAAUAUAAACAUGUAUUACUUGCAUGGGGACUCUUGCCUUAAGGAGUGUAAAUUUGAUCUGCAUUUGAUGAUUUCUAAAAUAAACUGAAAACUUGAAAAACUUAAA